AUGUCUUCUCGCUUCCCAUUUAACAACCCCUCAAACUUUGUUGAUCUUUUACAAAGUCAACAAGAGAGUGUAAACCCUUACCCAAAUCCAUACCCUUCAUUCGAAAACCAUGCCUUUGGUACCCAAGCUUCCAUCGAUGAAGAAGAAGAGGUUGGAGUGACGAGCAAGGUGAUAAGACGACCUUGGAGCCCUGCGGAAGAUACCCUUCUCAUCAGCGCGUGGUUAAACACCUCGAAGGACCCGGUUGUAGCAAAUGAACAGAAAAAUGGAACUUUCUGGAGUCGCAUAGCUUUGUAUUUCGCAGCGAGUCAAAACGGAGGAGAAGUCCGAGAGGCAGGACAAUGCAAACAAAGAUGGCACAAGAUUAAUGAUCUUGUGUGCAAGUUCUGUGGGGCUUAUGAGGCUGCAACAAGAGAAAAAACUAGCGGUCAAAACGAGAAUGACAUUCUCAAAAAUGCCCAUGCUAUUUUCUUCAAUAUCCAUAAGAAAAAAUUCAGUAUGGAACACGCUUGGAAGGAGCUGAAGAACGAUCAAAAAUGGUGUGAUUUGUCAGCCAUUAAAACCAAUGCAAGCUGUAAAAGGAGGAGACCCGAUGAUGGAAAUGCAGAGGGGAAUGAAGAUGGAAACAAGAAUGGUGCAGCUAAUCAGGGAACGGUCAGACCUCCUGGUGUUAAAGCCGCAAAGGCUAAAGGCAAAAAGGUCGACGUGGUUGAGGCUGUUAAUGUGUUCAGAAACAUGUGGGGUAUGAAAAGAGAAGAACUGGUUUUGAAAAAAGAAACCCAAAAGAUGGCUCUUCUUGAUUCCCUUAUUGCGAAGGGACCCCUUUGUGAAGAAGAAGAAGCUCUGAAGAUGCAGCUAAUCUCCGAAAUGAUGCAGAAUCAGUGA